AUGCGGGGUGAAAUACGAAUCAAAGGAAAUCCAGUUGACAUAAAAAAUCCCGGUGAUGCCAGAGGGCACGGUAUUGCCAUGAUUUUUCAGGAACUCAGUUAUGUAGCGGAAAUGUCGAUUGAGGAAAAUUUUUUUCUGGGUGAAUGGCCAUCCAGAUGGGGAAAGAUCUCCUGGAAAAAACUCCGCUAUCAGGUAACGGAAUUGCUUUCUGAAGAAGGUCUGACGUAUUCACCCGGCGUAAAAAUGAAAUACCUCAGUAUUUCCGAGGUACAACACCUGGCCAUUGCCAGGGCCGCCUCAAAAAAUGCAGAACUGAUCAUCAUGGAUGAACCAAGUUCUGCGAUUACAGAAAGGGAAGUGGCAGAACUGUUCGGCAGGAUAGCCCGGUUGAAGGCGAAAGGGACCAGUAUUAUUUAUAUCUCGCAUAAAAUGGAUGAGAUAUUUCAGAUUGCCGAUGAAAUCACCGUCAUGCGUGAUGGAAAAGUGAUCAGCACACAGGCAAAAGAAGAGCUGACGAUGGAUAACGUGAUCGCGAUGAUGGUCGGCCGGGAGUUAUCCGGUGAAUAUCCCCGUCAGGCAAUGCGCUCCCCUCCUGCGGAAAUUUCGCUGGAAGUCUGUAGUCUGACCAGUCAGAAAUAUUUUCAUGAAGUUGAUUUCCGGGCAUAUCAUGGUGAGAUAUUAGGUUUUGCAGGGCUGAUGGGGGCUGGCAGGACCGAAUUAAUGAAAGCCGUGUUCGGCCUGGCCCGUUUUGAUUCUGGUACCGUAAAGCUGCAUGGUCAGGCAGUCCAGCUGAAAAAUCCAGCUUACAGUAUCGCCAGUGGCAUGGUGAUGCUGACUGAAGACAGGAGAAAAUACGGGAUUAUACCAGUCCGGAAUAUCCGGGAAAAUACUGCAUUAGCAUCAUUGGACACAGUUUUCUGCAAAGGUUAUCUGGAUAAAGACCGGGAGUAUACUAUCGUAAAUGAAGCCUGCGAAAAAGUGAAUCUCAACACGAAAGACUACGAAAAAAUUAUCAGCAAAUUAAGCGGUGGCAACCAGCAGAAAGUAAUUCUGGCCAGAUGGAUGCUGCUGGAUCCGGAAAUUCUGAUUAUGGAUGAACCGACCCGUGGAAUUGAUGUCGGGGCCAAAUAUGAGAUUUAUAAAAUCAUGGAUCAGCUGGUACAAAAGGGGAAAACCAUUAUAUUUAUUUCCUCUGAACUUCCCGAGUUAAUCGGGAUGUCUGAUCGGGUUUAUGUGAUGUCUGGAGGAAGAAUCCGGGGGGAACUCACCCGGCCGGAAUUCUCACAGGAAGCAAUCAUGAAAAUUGCAACCGGAAGUGGUCUGUCAGAAUGA